CCCAAUUGGUGGCGGUACUACAACAGAUUCUGAGCAAGAACCGUUUUCACAUGAAGAAGAGCAAUGCAUCACUUGUGAAAGUCAUGCUGCUCUGAGACAGAAGUUAAAACUUCAAAGUGACAUUAACCAAGUGCUGCUCUUACAAUGGCUUCAUUCCUACCUGAAGAGGACCUCACAUGCACCGUGUGCUGUGACAUAUUUGAAGAUCCAGUGGUCCUGUCAUGUAGUCACAGUGUAUGUGAAGACUGCCUGAAAAAUUACUGGAGUACAAAACCAUUCCAGGAGUGCCCGCUUUGCAGGAGGAGGUCGUCGAGAGACAAUCCGCCUGUGUGCAUCGCCUUGAAGAACCUGUGUGAGGCCUACACCAAGGAGAAGAAGCUGUCUGGAGAGUUAUGUCCCUCUCACAAAGAGAGAUUCAAACUCUUCUGCAAAGACGACAAGGAGCUGUUGUGUGUGGUGUGUCGAGACUCCAAAGAGCACAAGACUCAUGACUGCAGUCCAAUAGACGAAGCUGCUGCUGAUCUUAAGGAGGAGGUCAAGGAGGCAUUGGAACCCCUUAAGGACAAGCUGAAUGAAUUUAAAAAUACUGAAUGCAUUUUUCAGGAUAUGGCAGAGCACAUCAAAAAACAAGCUGAAAAAGCAGAGUCUCGGAUUAAGGAGGAGUUUGAGAAACUUCACCAGUUCUUACGAGAUGAAGAAGAAGCUCGUUUAGAUUUGCUGAAGGAAGAGGAAGAGGAGAAGAGCCAGUUGAUGAAGGAGAAGAUUGAAGACAUUAGCAAAAAAAUGUCAUCUCUUUCAGGCAGAAUCAAGGACAUAGAGGAGGAGCUGAAAGCAGAUGCAGUUGCCUUCCUCUCAGACUUUGAGGACACCAUGGAGAGAGCCCAGCAUGAGGUGAAGGAGUCCGAGUCUGUUGCAGGAGGCCUGAUUGAUGUGGCACAGCACCUGGGCAACCUCAACUUCAGGGUCUGGCUAAAGAUGCGGGACAUCAGUUCCUACUAUCCUGUGAUAUUUGACCCCAACACUGCCGGUGACUUGCUUAUCCUGUCUGAUGACCUGACCACGGUGAAAGACAGCUAUGGGAGACAGAAUCUCCCGAGUAACCCCGAGAGGUACGGCACGUGCGUCCUGGGCUCCGAGGGCUUCGACUCUGGGACCUACAGCUGGGACGUCCAGGUUGGGAAGCAUAAAUACUGGGACAUAGGCAUAACCACAGUGCCCAAACCGAACGACACGUGGAGCACAGUCUGGAGUUUGAGGUCUCGCACAGAGUUUUGGACGGACUCUGUUACCCACUCUGUACAAUGCUUAGGAGUAAACUCUCCCUUGUCACUGAGUGAACCACCUGAGAUCAUCAGAGUUGACCUGGACUUUGUCCAAGGCAAGCUGACCUUCUCCGAUGCUGUUAGUGAGACAAAGCUACACACUGUCAAACAUAAUUUCACUGAGAAAUUAUUCCCAUUCUUUCAGACAUACUACCAAGCGAAUGCCAUGAAGAUCUUGCCAGUGACCCCCACUGUUGUUGUGGACAAUGACUGUGACCUCUGGAUACAAUUUUAGCUGGAACACACUUAAGUUUGCACCAUGAUAUUACCAGCGUAAUGCUUUUGCAGAUGUAACUAUAGCCAUAGGCAUAUGGUGUGUUAUGGCAUUUCUUGAAGAAGUUAUCACGCUUGCUUGGGGAUUUCAUAGAAGUGUCUUAUUUCAUGUCUCUUUGAGAUUGUCAGGUCAUUCUUAUGUGUUCCUGAUGGGCUGUAAAGUAAUCUUUGAGCUAAGCAAUGUAAUCAGUCCUGAAACUUAAUGGCUCUGAGGAAUGCUAUUCCUUGAAGUGAUGUAUUUAAAUUAUUAAAGUAUAAUAUGAUAAAUCUCGACUGAAGGAGAACAGUCUAUGAGUACUCUGUACUAUAGGCAUACGGUAUACUGACCUACAGUAAUAACAUAUGGUCCUUAGAAUGUAGCCUAUGUUUACUGACUUGAGACCUUGUUUACAGAGUUGGUUUGGAACUAUGUCCCAGAUUGGUCCAAUUUUGGAUUUAUUUGAUUCAAAUAAAGUUGUUCCUCCGUCUUUGAAAUGUACAGAGAAUCCA